UGAGGUCAGAAAGGGAAACCCCGGCGGGGAGACUCGGCCCCAAAAGCGGCGGCCAUUGGAGGUGGCUGCGGCAGCUGUUUCUGCCCGAGAAGGGCUGACUCCCUGCCCCGGUGAGCCCAAAUGAGAAGUUGCUUCCUGCCGCCUGCCUCCGUCCCAGCUUCUCGCAACCCCGUCUUUCGCUCCGACCAUGUGGCCUCAUGGAUGAGCUGGUACAUGACUUAGCCUCAGCCUUGGAGCAGACAUCUGAGCAGAAUAAGCUUGGUGAGCUGUGGGAGGAGAUGGCCCUGAGCCCUCGCCAGCAGAGGCGGCAGCUUCGCAAACGGAGAGGCCGGAAGCGCCGUUCAGACUUCACUCACCUGGCAGAGCAUACCUGCUGCUACAGUGAGGCCUCUGAGUCCAGUCUCGAUGAGGCCAUUAAGGACUGUCGAGAAAUGGCCCCUGUUGCCAAUUUUAGUGACUCUGAUGACACGAUGGUAGCCAGACGGCACCCAGCUCUCAAUGCCAUGGUUAAGAGUAAGCAGCACUCUUGGCACGAAUCUGACUCCUUUACUGAAAAUGCACCAUGUCGACCGCUGCGGCGCCGGCGGAAGGUGAAGCGGGUGACAUCAGAGGUGGCUGCCAGCCUCCAGCAGAAGCUCAAGGUGUCAGAUUGGAGCUAUGAGAGAGGCUGCAGGUUCAAGUCUGCUAAGAAGCAGCGUCUGUCCCGCUGGAAGGAGAAUACUCCCUGGACCUCCUCAGGUCAUGGGUUGUGUGAGUCAGCAGAAAAUAGGACUUUCCUAAGCAAAACAGGAAGGAAAGAAAGGAUGGAGUGUGAAGCAGAUGAAGCAAAACAGGGCUCUGAUGAGAACAUGUCAGAAUGGUGAGAACUCCCUUACUCCGUCAGAGA